AUGGAGAAAAUUUUAAAAAAUGGAUGAAAAAAGUACAUGUUUUUCAUAUGCAAAAAAAGAGUGAAAAAAGUACUCAUAAAAUUUUUUAACAGUGCAAAUUUUGGAUGAAAAAAGUACAAAGGGGAAAAAAUCAGAGGAAAAAAGUACAUUGACUUUUUGGAGAACUUUUUGGGACGGCAAAAAUACUGCAAGGCUCUGCAAAAAACUGCAAGGCCAGUAAAAAAAUGGCAAAGCCAAGCAAAAAAAUGCAAAACUUGCAAAAAUUUUUGCAAGUUUUGCAAAAACAUUAACAAAAGCAAAAGCAAUUUUAAAAAAAAAAGCAAAGCCAUGCAAAAAUUUAAAAAAAAAUUAAAAAUUUCGCAAAGCAGGCAAAACUUUUGCAGGGUGGCAAAAAAGUUGCAAAAAUUGGCAAAAAUCACGAUUAGAAAAUUUAACAGUAAAAUUUAA